GUAGCAAUCACACACACACACUUCAGCGUCUGAAAUAGUAGAGCGCGCAGUUGAUAUGAAGUGAAUUCCCCCAGUGCAGGAUGAUAAGCCAUCACAUAUUACGCUGUGACUUAAUGACUCGGCUGCUUUACGGACUUUUACUUUUGUUUCGUGGGUUGCUGUGCUCAGUCAGUAUCCGGCCAGCUGGUGAAGAUGUUGCUCAUUCUAAUGUCUGCUCUGCUUUUUAAAGCAUCGGCGAUGAAAAUCAACAGUUAUGGAAACAGGACAGCUGUAUAUGGUGAAGACGCUCGUUACAGGUGCUCAGCAAACGACCAAUCAGGUGUUCUUCAGGUCACCUGGCAAAGGUUCAAAGAUGAUGCACUAGAGAAUUUGGCAACGUACAGCAAACGCUUUGGACUCAGAGUGAACACACCUUACCAGGGGAAAAUUGAGCUGACAGAAGAGUCUCUCAAUUCCACUGCCAUCACCGUGAAGAAUGUGUCGUGGCACGACGACGGAUGUUAUAUCUGCUCAUUUAAUGUCUAUCCCUAUGGUUCCACUGAAGAACAGAUCUGCGUGAGUGUGGAAGGAAUAUCCCAAGUGGACACCGGCUACAUCGUCAUAAGUCCACUCCUUAAAGACAGCGUGGAAAUCCUAUUCAGCUGCUCCGCCACAGGGAAACCAGCACCAACCAUUGAGUGGGAUGGUUCUUCUAAAUACACUCAAUCGCAGACGACUAUAGUUUCAAACAGCGACAACACGUUCACCAGUAGCCAGAACAUCACUGUGAGGGUUCCUCUUGCCUGGGAUGGACAUGUGGACUGUCUGCUGAAUACUGGACAGAGGGGACAGAGGCGGGAGAGGAUUCCUUAUGCCCUCAGUGCAGGGCAUAAGCAACAAAAGGGAGGUUUGUCAGAGUACGUGCUGGGACUUUCAAUUUGUGCUGUGGUCCUUCUGUUCUGCAGCAUUGUUGGAGUUGUUUUGAUUUGGAAGAAAAAAAUGUCACAAUAUAACAAAGAGUCUGUAAUGAAUCAGAGGACGUUCACACCGGUGACAUUGAUCGCUUAAAAUGUACUACUGUCCUGGCUUACAAUCACGUAAGAUAACACCAUAUCUUUUUGUGUUUUGUACAACCUUACAAAUUAAAAUACAAAGUAAUAUGGACACAGUUAUUUGCACUGCACUUUCAGUUUCACUGUGGUUUGUGAAGAAGCAGAAUCAGUCUUUUCAUUAUUAUUAUUUAUUAUAAGGCUGUGAUUAUUUUGUGUAUUGCUACUGCAACUUUAUUUGGUAUUAGCACCAAGUACUCGUGUAAAAAUGUCACCUAUCAUAUUUAUAAAUAACCUGUAAAAUAAAUGUUAAUUGUUCAAAAUGAAGAUA